UGUCUUGCCGGUACUCAGAAGCGUCUAUUUUGGCUUUCUCUCCUCUCCUUUGAACGUGUUUUCAAGGUGCAACAAAAGUCCUCGCGCUAUUCCAACCCUGGCUCUUCCCGCCUAGCCGCCUAUCGCUUCCACUUGCCAGAGGCAUUCUUUCUACCUCCUAGGCAAGUCGACCCCAGGCAACCGCACCCCGCAGGCGAGCAGAAGUUUCCUUGUUCUCAUCCCAUCAUCUCGGAUGAUUGCAUAUAAAAUCAGGACGAUCCCCAUAUUAUUCGGCUCUCAUGCAAUACGAUGCGGUCUUAUGCUUGCCCCGAUCGUCUGCGGCUGUCUUGGAGGACGUAAAGCCAGACAGAGAUGACGGCACGCCAAGUCCUCCCCCAGGCAUCGCAUCGCCCGUCAGCUGCUCUGCUCAGCACUCCUGUCCUCGUCCCUACUCUGCCUGCGAGCGAGCGGGCUUUGCUUGGCUAUUCCUCAAUUGUUCACCGACACGGCUUGCUCCGGAUGGCACUCGGGACGCCGCAGAUCGUUGUCCUCGCGGUGGGAAUUCCCAUUCUUGUCAUGGUCAUUACCUGGGUGUUAUACCUCCUCCGACGUCACUCAGCGGGCGUGAGUGUGUCCAUAUUCGCCGAGCGUAGGGCGCUGAAGAAGAUUGGCAUCAAUCAGUCUAAAGGACCGUUCGGAGAAUGCCGUACCCCGCGUCCUCCUACCCCAUUGCCCGAUCUCUCGACAUUCGAACACGUUUCACCCGUCAAAGAACCUACUCCGAUGCAUCCUGCUCCGGGCGGCCGUCUCAUAAAUGGCAGGCAAGCUUCCCCUCCCCCAGAUCGGGAGAUCGCACUCUCUCGUUAUCAUUCUCAUACCUUGCAUCUCCUUGCCGUCAUGGGCCGCAGGGAGGAUGACCCGAUGCACGCCCCUGCCUUCUCGCACAAUGGUGGAUUAGAGAGCGAGGCGGAGAGAGGUCGCAGCCAUUGGAGUGGCUAUUCAGAGAGAGAAGAGGUUUCUCCAGAGAGGAUUGAAAGAGAAAGUACGAUUGAGGACGACCGAGAUCUGCCUCGACCACCUCGGGCGUUUGGGGACACCAGCAUGCAGAGUCUUGGCAGGCCGUCUACUACGGGUGCAACGAGGAGGUCGCACGAUAUAGAGUGA